UCACUGCGCCGGCGCGCGGGCGCGAGCGGCUGAAUCGCCUUUCGGGGCCCGAGGACCUGGACUUGUUUCCUCGGUCUGUCCCGUUCCAAGUCUCCUGGGCAAGGCCCAGAGAGGCUGCCGCUUCGUCAGGAACCCUUUUUCCCCCGGCUCCGAGGCCGCCGGCGUCUGCCUGCGGCCCUUGGCCUUUGACCCCGCGGCGGCGGGGUGAAAGGUCGGGUGGCCAUCUUGUGGCGGCGGCGCGGGCGGCUGUUACUGCGGCGACCCGUCCCCUCCCCCGCCGGGCACCCCUGUCAGUCGGCGGAGAGCCCCGCAGCCUGUCAGGGGAGGCCCGGGCCGUGUGCACACGCUGUCGCCGCUCCUCCCGGCCGCCACUAUGUCCUCGUUCUCCGAGUCGGCGCUGGAGAAGAAGCUCUCGGAGCUGAGCAACUCUCAGCAGAGCGUGCAGACUCUGUCUCUGUGGCUCAUCCACCAUCGCAAGCACGCAGGACCCAUCGUCUCCGUGUGGCACCGCGAGCUCCGCAAAGCAACAGAAGAGAAGAAAUCUCUGAAGCGAACCUUUCAACAGAUACAAGAGGAGGAAGAUGACGACUACCCAGGAAGCUACUCCCCCCAGGACCCUUCUGCAGGGCCUCUCUUGACUGAAGAGCUAAUCAAAGCUUUACAGGAUCUAGAAAAUGCCGCCUCAGGGGAUGCUACUGUUCGACAGAAAAUUGCUUCUCUGCCCCAGGAAGUACAAGAUGUUUCUCUAUUGGAAAAAAUAACAGACAAAGAGGCAGCUGAACGUCUUUCAAAAACGGUAGAUGAAGCAUGUCUGUUACUAGCAGAAUAUAACGGGCGCCUGGCAGCAGAACUGGAAGACCGGCGCCAGCUGGCUCGGAUGCUGGUGGAGUACACCCAGAAUCAGAAAGAUGUUUUGUCAGAAAAGGAGAAAAAGCUAGAAGAGUACAAACAGAAGCUUGCACGAGUAACCCAGGUCCGCAAGGAACUCAAGUCCCACAUUCAGAGCUUGCCAGACCUCUCACUGCUGCCCAACGUCACAGGGGGCUUGGCACCUCUGCCCUCUGCUGGUGACCUCUUCUCAACUGACUAGAACAGGUGUCGUGCCCCAGGUUUCCAUCUGUGCCAGAGAAAAGAAGGCAAAUCAAGGUUGGAGACAGUUUCCUAGCCCCCGGUUCCGACUCUUCCAGCUGCCUCCGCCUUAAGAAUGAAGUGGGGACUCUGACUUCUCAUUCUCCUCCGGUUCCUCUCCCGAGCACAGCUUAGAACAUGCCAGUGAACUCAGUUUCCAUUCGUAUUUGCUAAGAAUACAGACACUUUCUCCCACUCAUGUUUUCAUGCCCCUGUUGGCUUUCCAUUCUUAGCUCACACCCAUAAGAUAUGAAAAUCAUGUGCCCUUCUGGAAAUUCAAGAGAUGCUCGCCUUGAGUGGCGGCACAUGUCCUGGAAAUAGCCCUUUUCUGACCUGGGUUUUGGCCAGUUUCAGAACAGAAUCCUGGUGAGGGACUUGGGCUGCAGAUGUUGGCUCUCCUGACCACCAUCUCCCCCCAUAGGUUGGUGGCACAGCCGUUGGGCAACUUUGCCAAUGAAGAGUUUGCCAAAUCGUUGACCCUCCCCAACCAUUACUUCUACUAGAGAAGUUUUGUCACAGUUAGAUGCAAUAAUUUUGAGCAAACUAGAGAAUCUAGCAAUAAGAGUCCAAGCUGAUUAGGGACAUGAAGUCACAGUGCAGAUACAGAGUGACAGGGAUCACACAUCAUUUGCCUGAUUUCCCACAGCCUUCCCAUGAUGAACUUCUCAAGUGUCCCCCGCUGUCCCAGAGCACCUUCCUAAAACAGGACCUUUUGCCCCCUGGUGCUGUAAAGGUAGCUGUUGGUGGUGGCACGUGCCAGCCAUUGGAGUCUGGGCUCUGCCAGGGUGUUGCUCUGGCCCUUCUUUUGGGGCCUGGGACAGACAUUAACUCCACAGUAUGGUGUCUAAACUUAACCAUCUCUGCAGAUAGGACCCUGAGCUUAUCUGUCAGGCAGUCGAUGCCAUUGUGUGCAUCUCUGUGCCCAUUCGAGGAGAGGAAUGUUCGCAUUAAGGACUCAUCUCCAGCAGAGGAAGGGAAAGGAGGGGAGAUUAAUUUGGAGUUUUAAUUCUAUUAUCAUUCCAGCUGACAUUAUGACUGAAUGAUAUAGUUAGGAUUUUUAUCUUACAUAAAUACUGGACCUGGAUUUGUAAAUCACUCUUAAUUUGGCAGGCUUAUUUUUGACAUUGGAAAGGGCAGAAACCAUUUUUGUCCCACUAGUCUAAUAAGAAUUAUAGCCCCAAAGCUGAAAUCCAGAAGCUAUAAAAGGGAAUAUAAAAAGGAGGGGACUUGAGAAACUCCACUCUUUUGAGUUGCUGUUUUCCAGAUCACCAAAAAAAAGAAAGCCCAUGUCAUUUUACAUGUUAAAACAUACCCGUGUUUCAUGAAAUACAGCAGGCCUCCCUCUGAGAAGAUGCCCACCUGCUGCAGCUGAGGAGCCUGCUGUGGGGAGGAUGGAGUCCAGCAGGUACUGUUGCUCUGUAUAGUACCUGGUGGAGUUGAGGCUGCUAUUCACAUUGAAUGCAUUCUGCCCUUUGUUCUGUCACCAUUAAGUUUUCUCAAGAAGCUACAGGACAGAAGUGACGUCACUGAAGUCAGUCUACUGUGGACCCUUCCCUGCAUGGUGUGCUGCUUUAGUGUCACGUGGUGCACUGGUUUCGCAGCAGCCACAGACCAGCAGAAAGACUGCAGUAACUGUUUGCUCUGGUGGCUAGGUGAAAUACUGCGAUGGGAUGGAUUAGCCCGCUACUGUGUUUUAGCCUUUGGAGUAUUUGACCAGCAAUUGGUGCAUAAUUCUUACAGCAAGAUCAAGAAAUGAGCCUGUAGCAAUUAUGUAAAUGAAUGUUUUGGCCUCUUAACACCUGUUACUAGUGAACUUCCUGUGAGGAAGUUAGUUUUGUUUUGUUUUAAUGAAAUGCUUUUGCUUUUAAACCUUCCUUCUUCUCUCAGCCUCCCCAACAUGUGUGCUUACUUCCUUUGUUUAAUUUAAAUGAAACUUCUUGUCCCCAAGAGUUGAUAUGGUGGGGCGGGGUGGGUGAUUUUUGGUUUUGUGUUGUUUAUUUAGGGUAUUCAUAGGCCUCAAGGAUUUCCUUUAGGGUUGUUUUCCUCAGAAAGUCUUCAGUCUUUCUUUGUUUUUGUUUUGUUUUUCUUAAAGGAUAUUUUUAAAGCUUAAAUUUGUAUAUUAAUUUAGGACUUUAUUUAGAAGCAUAGGCUGCCAUUGGUGCAGCAGUAUAUUCUGAAAUGUCUCAUAGAUAUAUAUUUUUGAAUAAAGAUGGUGUUGAACAACA